AUGACCGCUUACCGAACACCUUUGGGGAUGUCUCCCUAUAAGGUGGUUUUUGGUAAGGCAUGUCAUCUUCCAAUGGAGAUUGAGCAUCAUGUCUAUUGGGUGGUGAAGGGUUGUAACAUGACAUUUGCUGAAGCGGGUAUAGAAAGGAAGCUUCUAUUGCAAGAACUUGAGGAGAUAUGCGUAGAAGCCUAUGAGAACUCCAAGAUCUACAAGGAGAAAUUUAAGAGGUUUUAUGAUUCUAGGAUUUUUAGGAAAGAGUUCCAUAUUGGCAAAAAAGUGCUCUUGUUUAACUCUCACCUCAAGCUUAUUUCCAGUAAACUUUGA